GGGCGGUCCCGGCGCCGGGGGCGGUCCCUGCGGGGCGGGCGGGGCCCGACGGGCGCUCGGGGUGGCCUUGGCCAUGAAGCCACAGCCGCCGGGCUAGGCCCCGGGCGGCUCCAGCCUGGGCUGCCCGCGGAGGGCUGGGCCCGUCCCCGGCUCCGGUGGGCGGGCCGGCGGCGGCGCUCACCAUGCCCGGCAAGCACCAGCACUUCCAGGAACCCGGGGUCGGCUGCUGCGGGAAAUACUUCCUGUUUGGCUUCAACAUUGUCUUCUGGGUGCUGGGAGCCCUGUUCCUGGCCAUUGGCCUCUGGGCCUGGGGUGAGAAGGGCGUUCUCUCCAACAUCUCGGCGCUGACAGAUCUGGGAGGCCUUGACCCCGUGUGGCUGUUCGUAGUGGUUGGAGGCAUCAUGUCGGUGCUGGGUUUUGCUGGCUGCAUUGGGGCCCUCCGGGAGAACACCUUCCUGCUCAAGUUUUUUUCAGUGUUCCUUGGCCUCAUCUUCUUCCUGGAGCUCGCGACAGGGAUCCUGGUCUUCGUCUUCAAGGACUGGAUACGAGACCAGCUCAACCUCUUCAUCAACAACAACGUCAAGGCCUAUCGGGACGACAUUGACCUCCAGAACCUCAUUGACUUUGCUCAGGAAUACUGGUCUUGCUGUGGAGCCCGAGGGCCCAACGACUGGAACCUCAAUAUCUAUUUCAACUGCACUGACUUGAACCCGAGCCGGGAGCGCUGCGGGGUGCCCUUCUCCUGCUGCGUCAGGGACCCUGCGGAAGAUGUUCUCAACACCCAGUGUGGCUACGACGUCCGGCUCAAACUGGAGCUGGAGCAGCAGGGCUCCAUCCACACGAAAGGCUGUGUGGGCCAGUUUGAGAAGUGGCUGCAGGACAACCUGAUCAUCGUGGCCGGGGUCUUCGUGGGCAUCGCCCUCCUGCAGAUCUUUGGCAUCUGCCUGGCACAGAACCUCGUGAGUGACAUCCAGGCAGUGAAGGCCAACUGGUGAGGCUGCCACGCUGGCCACGGCUACCCGCCUGGCCUACCCAGGGACCUGCCACCGUGCCGUGAUGGGCCCAGCGGCAGGAGGCACUUCUGCUUGGACCUGAGCUCCACCUGGGGCUCGUGUGUGGGCGUGCUGUGUGCCCCCAGAGAAGCCGCAUGACUCUGCCUGUUCUGGACUUGUGUGCAUGGAGGGGGUGUGUGUCAGUGUGGGUGUGCACGGGGAGCUGCUGCCUCUGUGUUGUUGCAUGGCAGGCUCCCCGGGGGACGAGGAAGGGCGCCGGCUGGGACACACCUCUCUGCAUGGUGGCGUGGGGCGGGCGCCGGGGCCUGCUGUUGCCUGAGCUACGGCCCCACGCAGCUCGAGCUCUCUUCUCUGUUGGCUGUGACCUUGACCCGUCCGGGAUCCCACUUCAGCCUCAACGUCUCAGACUCUAAAGUGAGUCCAAGAAUCUCCUCUCCCUUGCUUGCCUCUCAGGAUCAAACAUGAUGAUGGCUGCAAACUACUUAAAUAAACAAAACCUUGAAAACCA